CUACCGUUCAGUGCGCGCACUCGUUUCAACCUCUCGCUGGAGCUGCGCCUGAUAGUGUCUAGUACACAUAAACACGCGGAUUUCUAGGUUUGUAAUUAGUUUUAAAAGCUGGGAAAUGGACCAGAAAGACACAGAGAUGAACGAAAAAGGAGUUUCUUCUUCUACCAGCGGAGUUGUUGUUCAAGUGAGGGAGAAGAAAGGACCUUUGCGCGCUGCCAUCCCUUAUAUGCCUUUCCCAGUUGCUGUCAUCUGCCUGUUUCUCAACACAUUUGUGCCCGGACUGGGUACAUUCGUCUCGGCCUUCACGGUUCUGUGCGGUGCAAGGACAGAUUUGCCCGACAGGCACAUGUGUUGCGUCUUCUGGCUCAACAUCGCAGCCGCCUUCAUUCAGAUCGUCACUGCUGUAGUCAUGGUGGGCUGGAUCAUGAGCAUAUUUUGGGGAAUGGAUAUGGUCAUUCUCGCAAAAGGCUACAGGGAGCAGUCCGUCCCUCAACAGCUCUGAUUCCUGUUCUCCAGACCUAAUGUUGAAUGUGCAGCUUUCUCUUGUGCUGUCUGUCUGUCUGUCUGGGGCUUUGAGAUGGAACCCUUGAGGCCUGGAGAUUCAGAGGUCGAUUACAUGCCGAUUCUCAGCCAAACUCCUUCUAGUCCUGUCAGGUACUACAUUCAGAAGACCUGACUGUCGAGGGUCAGCAGAAAAAUACGAACAUUCUGUUAAUAUCACAAAAAUCGCGAACGUUUUUGUGCCGAACACAUUCUAUGUCAAGGAAAUUCAGUAGUCUUAAUGUAUGUAUUAUAUUGACCAAUAUACAGUAUGAGCAUUUUCAGUUUGUAAAAAUACAUUUAUAAACGAGCUUUGGGGUGAAUGAAGUAGCUGAAAGAAUCUUAAAGGAACAGUUCACCCUAUAAAGAACACUACCUGUCUUCAUUUACACACACUUCAUGUACAAUACAUAUUGGGUGGACUGUCCCUUUAAUAUUUUGCGUCACACUGAACAUUAUAAAUACAUAUUUUCAUCUUGGUAUUAUAAGGUUUGUCAAAAUGUUUUUAGUCACUUAUUCUGACAACUUAUUUACUAAAUUCUUUUAGGUUCAGUACAUUUCUUAUUAAGAAAACUAAUAGAUUAUUUCUACAAAUUUGAACUGUAACUUGGUUUUAUAAGGUUCUUUUUGUAGCCAGUCAGUGCUUUAAAUGCAAUUAAGGGGACCAAUCGGGAUCACCUCAGAAGCCAAGAUGAGUAAUUAUACAAUCAUGUUUAAAGUCUUGCCACAGACUGAGAGUAUCAUAGUGUUGUGUUGAAAAAUGAAAAAA